AGAAAAGGAAAAAUAAAUAAACCCGAACGGAUUCGCCAACAACCCCCCCAAAGCCGCAAGCGAGAGAGAGGAAGGAAGAAGAGGAAGAAAAAAAAAUGGCAUCGUCGGCCCGCGCCGCCGCCUCCGCCGCGAGAUCCGCUCUCCGCCGGGCGCCCCUCGCCGCCUCGUCGUCCUCUUCCGCCGCCGGGGCCGCCGGGGUCCUCCGCAGGUCGGCGGCGGCUGGUCUGGGGACGCGGAUGCCCCUCCACAGCGCGGCGUCGGCGGCGCGCCUGGGAUCCUGCAUCACCCAAGAUGGCAACAAUGCUUUCUCAUGGAACUCCAGGCGCAUGUUCAGUUCAAAUGAGAAACAUCUGCCUGCAAUAUCUGACCCGAAAAUUGAGACUGCAUUUAAGGAUUUGAUGGCUGCUAGCUGGAACGAGCUUCCAGGUUCUCUUGUGGAGGAAGCAAAGAAAGCAAUAUCUAUGGCUACUGAUGAUAAGGCUGGUCAAGAAGCCUUGGAAAAUGUAUUUCGUGCAGCUGAAGCAUGUGAAGAGUUUAGUGGAGUUUUAGUUACCCUAAGAAUGGCUCUUGAUGAUCUUUGUGGUCUUACGGGCGAGAAUGUGGGCCCCUUGCCUGGUUACUUAGAAGAAGCUGUGAAAUCUGCCUAUAGCCGAUACAUGACAUAUCUGGAAUCUUUUAGUCCUGAAGAGCACUAUCUACGGAAAAAGGUGGAGAGCGAGUUGGGGACAAAAAUGAUUCACCUGAAAAUGAGAUGCAGUGGCAUAGGCUCUGAGUGGGGAAAGAUCACCCUGAUUGGCACCUCAGGGAUCUCAGGGUCCUAUGUUGAGAUGAGGGCAUGAUGGAACUCUCAUAUCAGAACCAUGGCCAAACACUGAUGGUCUGACGGGAAGCUUCGUAACGAUAUCAGAGCCAGGUGUUCGGUUUUCUUUUAUCUUUCCUCUGUAGCUACCAUGCCAAUAAACAAGGCGAUCGUCAAAACAUAUGUGCACUCACUUAAAGUAGCUCUUUGCGCUCCUGAUUUUCCUGCUGUAAUAAGAACAUGCCCGUUGAUUUUGUUUUGCUGCUCAAAACUAUGAUGGAUGGUCUUUAUUGGGCUUCCAGGGUCAGUCUUGCAUGUUGAGAAAAAAAAAUACAUGAAUAGGAUUUGUCUGUUUUGUGCAUGGUCUGGCCAUGCCCCAGUCGCUUGAAA